GCUCUCCAUUUCCGUGUUACUUUCACCGUCUUUGACAGAGUUCUGGUGGAGCUCUUGGUAAAGCUCCUCGGCCACUUUUACUCUCAGAUCAUGUUUUGGUCAGUCUAAAUGUGCUACCGAGGAGGACAUAUAAACCACAGGCAUCGAUCACGUCAACAGAUUAUGUUGUAUUUUGUUUGCAACUGUGAAUUUAGUGGAUUCAGAAGUUGUUAGGCUGGUCCGGCUACUUGGCAAGCUUGAGUCGGCGAGUUUUUGCUUAAUAUAACCAUGGCUGACGCGAACGACGGAGAGAGGACGGAUGAAAACGAGUUAAAGGGGGCUACAGGUGGUGAAGAUGUCAUGGAUGAUGUGAUUGUCGAGCAAAGUGCAGUUCUACUAAGAGGGUAUGUUAUUGAGCGCGCUAAUGUAGAGGAACCAGGCAUGCGUGUUAGCCAUGAGGACCUUGGAGGAAGACCUCAGGAAUCAGAUGAUCCUCAAAUCAAAGAGGUUGUAGAUCAACUUUUGAGGAUAGCAGAUGACCUUAACCGGAAUGCUGAGCUUCAACAUCUCAUUAACACUGUGGAGGCUAACUGCGCUCAGGAUGUCUUCAAGACCGUGGCCAGGAGCAUUUUUGAAGAUGGCAUUAACUGGGGACGUGUGGUGGCUCUGUUUCACCUCGCAUUUAAGCUUAUUUUCAAGGCACUGACUCAGAACCACUUGGAUAUUAUCAGGAGGAUCAUUAGCUGGGUUUUACAGUUUAUCAGGGAAAACAUUUCUGCCUGGAUCAGACAGCAAGGAGGAUGGGAAGGUGUUUGCCGUAGGAUGUCAAGAUGGCACACUGUGUCCUGCAUCGCUGCGGUGGCGUUCAUCGUAGCUGCCGUUUACUGGAGAAGAACUCGCUAAGAAAAAAUGAAAGUCAUGACGUGCCAGUUUGCGAUCUCACAAAUGUGGAAACUCGUAUUAAAAGCAAUACGAUGUGUAAUUGUUGCAAACAAACUAACCCAUCUUGGAUCAUGAGGACCAAUCAUGUAGCAUAUAUUUUUGCUACAUAAAUGACGGUUUAAAGGCUUAAAGUCAUGUAACUGGUAAAGAAGACAAAGAAGACAAUACAGUAGCCCUUUUUUUUAUUUUUUUUAUUUUUUUUUUAGGUGUUUAUAUAUUCCAGUGCAGUUGAGUCAAGGAACAACUUUCACCUUGAUUUAUUUAUUUACAGGGAUGUGUUGCUUUACGUAAAGAUUUGUAAAGAAACCGCAUCUUUCUCCAUCCGUGCCUUUUAACUGUAAGGAGUUUUGUCUUUUUUUCUUUUUUUUUUU